AUGGGACAAAAGCCCAGCAGCCCGUUGGCGACAUGCCUCAACAAUGUCUGCGAUGGCCGUUCCUCCUGCGUCGGCUAUCCCAACGACCCUCUCUUCCAAAUCAACUGGGUGAAGCCGUACAACUUGGAUAUCGCGGUCGAACCGAUCGCCGUCACCCGUCCCGAAACCAAGCAAGACGUCUCAGGCUUCGUCAAAUGCGCUGCGGACAACAAUGUGAAGGUGCAGGCAAAAUCGGGAGGUCAUUCUUAUGCUAACUUUGGCCUCGGCGGCACUGAUGGCGCCCUAGUCGUUGACCUCGUCAACUUUCAGAACUUCUCAAUGGACACAGAUACUUGGCAAGCAACCAUCGGCGGAGGUCACAGGCUGCACGACGUUACCGAGAAACUGCAUGACAACGGGAAACGUGCUAUGGCUCACGGCACAUGCCCUGGCGUGGGCAUCGGCGGCCAUGCCACCAUCGGUGGCCUCGGUCCCAGCUCACGCAUGUGGGGGAGCUGCCUCGACCACGUCGUCGAAGUCGAAGUGGUCACAGCCGACGGCAAGAUCCAACGGGCCAGCGAGACACAGAACUCGGACCUAUUCUUCGCCCUCAAGGGUGCUGGCGCCGGCUUCGGCGUCAUCACCGAGUUUGUCAUGCGGACCCACCCGGAGCCCGGCGACGUCGUGCAGUAUUCGUACUCUAUUACCUUUUCCAAGCACCGCGACCUCGCUCCCGUCUUCAAGCAGUGGCAGGAUCUCAUCUCCGACCCGGACCUUGACCGCCGCUUCAGCAGCGAGUUCGUCAUGCAGGAGCUCGGCGUUGCCAUCACGGCUACCUUUUACGGCACCGAAGACGAAUUCAAGGAGACGGGCAUACCGGACAAGAUCCCUACGGGCAAGGUCUCCGUCGUCGUCAACGACUGGCUCGGGGACGUUGCGCAAAAGGCACAGGACGCGGCUCUCUGGCUGAGCGAGGUUCAGACCCCCUUCACAGCCAAGAGUUUGGCCUUCACGCGCGAUGACCUCUUGACGAACGACAGCAUCCGGCAUCUGAUGGAUUACAUCGACGACGUCGACCGCGGUACCCUGAUCUGGUUCCUCAUCUUCGACGUGACGGGCGGCGCCAUCAACGACGUGCCCAUGAACGCCACGGCCUACCGCCACCGCGACAAGAUCAUGUUCUGCCAGGGCUACGGCGUCGGCAUCCCGACGCUGAGCACCAAGACCAGGGAGUUCAUGACAGGCGUCACCGAGACCAUUCGCAAGGCCAGCAAGAACGAGCUCAGCACGUACGCCGGGUACGUCGACCCGACACUCGUGAACGCGCAAGAGCAGUACUGGGGGCCCAAUCUACCGGCGCUACAGCGCAUCAAGGCGGCAUGGGAUCCCAAGGACCUUUUCUCGAAUCCGCAGAGCGUGCAUCCCGAUGCGAACGCAAAGGACGCCGACACCAACGCGAGCAACUCCAGCGGCAGCGAUGCGAACAGCAGCGAUUCAAGAGGCGGUGACAGCUAG